UACAGUGUGGAACAUGGUGGAGAGUACACAAUGAAACCUGGGCUUAGAAAAUAUGUCUGUGAUCUCACACUGGACCUAAACACAGUAAACAGACUCCUCUCUCUGUCUGAGGAGAACAGAAAGGUGACAUGUAGGACAGAGGAGCAGCCGUAUCCUGAUCACCCAGAGAGAUUUGAGGACUGUGGACAGGUGCUGUGUAGAGAGGGUCUGACUGGGCGCUGUUACUGGGAGGUAGAGUGGAGUGGGAGAAGGGCUGAUAUAGGAGUGACAUAUAAAGGAAUCAGAAGGAGAGGAGGGGUUAAGGACUGUUAUCUUGGAUGGAAUGACAAGUCCUGGAGUCUGAACUGCUCUGACAACAGUUACAUUGCCUGGCACAAUAAUAAUCCCACUACCAUAGACGUCCCCUCCUCCAGCCCCCACAGAGUAGGAGUGUAUCUGGACUGGCCAGCCGGCACUCUGUCCUUCUACAGAGUCUACUCUGACACACUGACCCACCUGAUCACAUUCACCUCCACAUUCACUGAGCCCCUAUAUCCAGGGAUUCAUAUUUGGUAUGAUGGUGACUCAGUGUCUCUGUGUCAAACACAACAUGAUGUUUCACUCUAAUCAGGGUCAUGUUCAGUAAGACACUGGAGCAACAAUGUAGAAUAUCUCUCUAGUGUGUUAACCUCUCUAUCCAGGGUGUUUGGUAUGAAAAAUAUGUAGUAGCAUUACUUUAAGGUUAAUAUAAAUGAUAGGUGUGUACAAUAGUGUUACUCUGGUUGUGUAAAUUGCUGUUUUCACAUAAAUCUGCACCUAAUUCA